GUUUGCUACCAGGUCUUAAAGUGCCAUAGUAAAUUAACCUGCUACAUACUCUUAUCAUCACUCGAUUGGAAGUUGAAGUGCGGAAACAAUGGCGGAAGCCCAACUACGUGACCAACAUGGCAACCCCAUCCAACUCACUGAUGAACAGGGUAAUCCUGUUAAACUAACCGACGAGCAUGGCCAACCCAUCCACCUUACCGGUGUUGCUGCACCCGCCUCUGCCACCACCGGUUUUGGGAGUAUACCCACCACUACCGCAGGUUUUGGCGGUACACCCCCCACUACUACCGGUUUUGAAAGUACAGCCACUACUGGACAUGCCACUGGAGGUGGAGGGAUCGCCGGACUUGGAACCUUAGGUGGCGGUCCAUACGGUGGUGGUGCAACCAGAGAGAAAGGGACCGUGGGAGAUAUGUUAGGGAGGGACAAGAAGGACGAUGACAAAUCUAGCUCUAGCUCUAGCUCUUCUGAGGAUGACGGACAAGGUGGGAGGAGGAAGAAGAAGGGACUAAAGGAAAAGAUCAAAGAGAAAAUACCCGGCGUUGGAGGAGGGAUGGCCAAGGACCAUUCUCCCCAUCAAGGGACAACCACCUCCACCACCACCACUACCACUGCCACCAGUGCUGCUGGCCAACACCCUGGGGAUCAUGAGAAGAAAAGCUUCAUGGACAAGAUCAAGGAAAAAAUGCCCGGUCAUCAUCAUAACCACUGAACCCUCUCUUCUGUGUGUAUCAGAUCAAGCUCUGCUUGUUCAUGUUCAAAUAAUGUAAUACAUGGCUAGCUGGAUAGGUUACCCUGUGUCAUGGUCUAGUUAUGAAAGUAGGCAAUUAGUCUCGUUGUUGAAGUGGUGCAAUUGGGCUUUUAUCAUUUGUGCAGGUGUAUUAUUUGUAUUUUGUUCGCUGUUUACUGAAUUCAAUAUAUAUAGUACCCACCUUGGAUAUUUGUGUUUUU